AUGCAUAUGUUGGAUCUGAUCUCUGACAUCGCGAUGGCGUCGUCAUCGAGCCAAAUGGAAAUCAGCGAACCUUUCCGCACGGAGGACCUGUCCAAGACGGACUUUUUCGACUUCGUCACCGGUUCCGCGCCGGACAUGGCCAUCAGCAGUAGCAGUAGUGGUGGCGGUGGUCCUGGUGGCGGAGGUCCUGGUGGUGGAGGUCCUGGUGGCGCGAAUAAUGGCACCUCCUGCCAACGGCUCCUGUCGGGUGGGCUACCCAGCAUGAACACUGGUGUGAGAGAUCGACCACCCGGUUCCGGAAGGCAUGCAAACGAUGGGACACCAAUGGAUGGAUCUCCUGCCAGCAGGAUACCGGACGCCAACGAUCAGCCAUUGCAAGGGUUCGAUCAGUUUUGGGGCUCCGACAAGGAUGCCAACCGGUUGGAUCCGACCAUGUUCGAGGACCUCAACCGCUACUGCUGGGUACAGCAGAACAACAACAACACCACUACCAGCAAUAACAACAAUAACAACAACAACACCACCAACAAUGGCAACAACAACAGCCCCAACAAUGGUAGCAACAGCAACAAUGGAGGGCUCAGCAACCAAGUUGCCGAUACAGACGGACAAAUCUACACACUAACAGUAUUAAACGGAGCGCCCGAACCGUGGGUGUUGCGGAAGGAUCCGAAUGGUUCGGAACCGACAGCUCCUGCGUCCAAUCUCGAUCUCGACACGAUCCUCGGCGGUUUUCCGGGUUACGUCAAGACGGAGUGCUUCUCCUACGAUGACAGUGGCUUCGGAACGGACCAUCACGCCAAGGACGACCAGCAUCAUCAACACCAGCAACAACAGCAACAUUUGUUGGUGCAACAACAGCAACAACAGACGCACUUAGCGCAACCGCAAUCGCAACUCCAGCAGGUGCAAACGCAGCAACAACAGCAGAUGCCGGUGACGUCCAGCAACAUCGUGUUGUCGAGCAAUCUGCUCGAUCCCAACAGCGUGUUGGCGUACCAGAACAACAACAACAACGACUGGCAGAUGUCGGACCACAACGUGAUACAACAGGACACGGCGGAAUCGCUGUUGCGGAGUGCUCUACAGGGCAAAGGCUACACUAAAGGUGUGGCAGGUCUGCAACUGCCGAAUGGAGCCGUCACCGUGUUGCCAACACCUGGUCACAUGAAGGAUGAUGAGCUGCGACGUGUGCUCUACUCUACUGGAGAUCCUGCCGAUUCUUUGGGUGCCUAUGCUGACUCUACUCUGGCGGGUUCGAUCUACGACGAGCAGAUGUUGCAUUCGCCAGUCUCCAGCAACCCGUCAGUGGCCUCUCAACAACAGCACCAGCAGCAGUUGGUCGUGUCCACAGGUCAGGUGCAAGACCUCGGAGGAGGUGGACCUGGGGCGGCCUCAGGUAGUGUGGUGGUAGACGACAUGUUCCUGACACUCGACGCUGCCUUCCCCGAGGACUACGAGAAGCUGAAACGGAUAGCGACCGAGGUGCAGCAGUUCUGCACCGACAACAACAACUAUGCCGAGAUCAUCGUCGAAACACCAACGAUCGGCAAUGGUUGUGGCAACAGCUCCUCCACAGGAUCCUUACUCUCCGGCCAGCCUCACCAUCAUCACGGCACUUUGGCGGUGUUGUCCCCAACCACAGCCCCCGGUCUCAGUCGACAGCCUGCCUCAACAACGACCUCCUCAGAUGUGGUGACGACCACCUCAACUGCCAAGGUCAAAGCUCCACGGGCGAAGAAGAGCUACAAGCGAUCUCUCGGUGCCAUGGGUGGAAACCUCGCUUCCACCACCAACACCGCCUCCUCUGUCGCGUCCAACAACAACAACAACAACAACACGAGCAUGAGCAACCUCAACACGAUCGCAGGUGGAACGUUGUUGAGCCCUGGAGCAGGUACAGGAACGAGUGGGGCUUCGACGACAGGACCUUCCACCACUACUGCCACCUCUGCCGCCACCACUAGCCCUACACAGUGUGGCAAUGGACAGCGAAAGGAGCGCUCACUGCACUACUGCUCGAUCUGCUCGAAAGGCUUCAAGGACAAGUACUCCGUGAACGUGCACAUACGCACACACACAGGCGAGAAGCCGUUCGCGUGUUCCCUGUGUGGUAAGAGCUUCCGGCAGAAGGCACACCUGGCCAAACACUACCAGACACACUUGGCGCAGAAAAACCCCGGUCCAGGUGGAGCUGUCACUAAGCAGAGUAAACAAAGCCGACUGUCAACGGUACCACUGGUGACAGAAGCGACUCCUGUCAACAACCCAGCAGGACCUCCAGUGUCCUUGCCCGCUGUCACCAAUCUGCCAGGAUCACAUCCUCCACUCGCCACACCAACGCAAUCACCUCCGAUGUUGCUAACCAACACCAACACUGCCACGAUCGUCGUUAGCAGGUGA